AUGGAAUUAUUCACAAAAGGUACGUCGAUUAGGUUACGUAGCUGUCACGAAAAGUACCUAUUCGCCGUCGACGACGAAAAAUCCGUCCGUCAAAGCUCCGACGGAGCGUCACGGCAAUCUAUAUGGACGGUGGAGAUUGUGCCACGUAAAUCAAAUCUCAUCCGACUAAAGAGCUGUUACGGCAAAUAUUUAACGGCGAGCGAAUCGUCGUUUCUAAUGGGUAUGACCGGCGAGAAAGUCAUCCAAACGCCGCCGUUUCGUCAAGCGGAGCACGAGAGCGAUUGGGAGCCAAUAAGAGACGACUUACCGGUCAAACUCAUGUCGUGGAACGGUAAAUAUUUGCGCGGGAACGGUGGUGCUCCGCCGUGGAAAAAUUCCGUUACGCACGAUCGUGAGCCGUACACGUCGGCGACUAAGAAAUGGAUCUUGUGGUCGGUGGAAGUCGUUGAGAAUCCGGAGAAGGUUUCGUUCGCGGAUCGGUUUUCGUCUCCGGUUUCGAGUUUUAACUCUUCGGUCGGGUCAACUCACGGUUCGCCGGUUAAAAAGUUACCGACUUUCGGAUCUUCCGAGUCUAUCGGGUCGGAUCCUGGGACAUUGGCUUCUGUUUCUUCUUCCAAGCUUAUGUUUACUCCGUCAAUGUCGGGUACAUUGACCCCAAAAACAGAGAGGAAAAACUCGAAGAAAGUUGUCGAAAAUGUUUCAGUGAUUGAGAUUUUCCGAGACGCGAAAUCGGUGCGUUUACGAAGUUGUGCGCACGAGAAGUAUCUGAUCGCUGAUGAUGACGAGGAGAGUGUGACAAUGGGAAGAAACGGGACAUCGAAAGAGGCCCGAUGGAGAGUAGAAUUGGUACCCGGAUCCGAAAAGGCGGUCCGGUUAAAGAGCUGCCACGGUGGAUAUUUGACGGCGUCGAACGAGCGGUUGAUGCUUGGAGCAACCGGGCAUAAGGUGGUUCAGUCGAGGAGGAUUCGAGUUGGUGAACCGGCGGGAGAGUGGGAACCGGUUAGAGAUGGGUCAAAGGUGAAAUUGAAGAGUAGGAACGGCGGGAAUUAUUUGAGAGCCAAUGGAGGAGUGCCACCUUGGAGGAAUACGGUUACGCAUGAUUCACCUAACCGGAGUGCGACUCAGAAUUGGGUGGUGUGGGAGGUUGAUGUGAUUGAGAUUAUGGAACGUUCUCAUGGGACCGAUUGA